GCGGCAGCGGUUGUUCCGCUUCCCCUCUGGCCUGGGCCGUCGCCAUUGCCGAAGGCUCCCUGCCCUCCCCUCCCGGCGCCCGCGGGGCUCGGCGGCCGCCCGGCCUAGCAGUAGAAGCCGCGGCGCUCCAGCGCGGCUCCUCUUCCCGCCCCGCUUCCCCUUCCCUCCCGUCCCCGCCCCGCGUCGCUCUCUUGCUCGGGGCGGCUCCUGAUCCCGCCAGGAGCUCGGCCGGAGGCUCCUCGCUGGGGCGGGGACCUUUCCUCGCCUGGGGCCAUAUCAUAAUUCUGAAUCAUGUCUGAUAACGGAGAACUGGAAGACAAGCCUCCAGCACCCCCUGUGCGAAUGAGCAGUACCAUUUUUAGCACUGGAGGCAAAGACCCUUUGUCAGCCAAUCACAGUUUGAAACCUUUGCCCUCUGUUCCAGAGGAAAAAAAGCCCAGGAAUAAAAUCAUCUCUAUAUUCUCAAGCACAGAGAAAGGAAGUAAGAAGAAAGAGAAGGAAAGGCCAGAAAUUUCUCCUCCGUCUGAUUUUGAGCACACCAUCCAUGUUGGUUUUGAUGCUGUCACUGGAGAAUUCACUGGCAUGCCAGAACAGUGGGCUCGAUUAUUACAGACCUCCAAUAUCACCAAACUAGAGCAAAAGAAGAAUCCUCAGGCUGUGCUGGAUGUCUUAAAGUUCUAUGACUCCAACACAGUAAAGCAGAAAUACCUGAGCUUUACUCCUCCUGAGAAAGAUGGCUUCCCUUCUGGAACACCAGCACUGCAUACCAAGGGAUCGGAAACGUCAGCAGUAGUAACAGAGGAAGAUGAUGAUGAUGAAGAGACUGCUCCUCCUGUUAUUGCCCCACGACCAGAUCAUACAAAAUCAAUUUAUACACGGUCUGUAAUUGAUCCUAUUCCUGCUCCAGUUGGUGAUUCUAAUGUUGAUGGUGGUGCCAAGACUUCAGACAAACAGAAAAAGAAGGCCAAAAUGACAGAUGAAGAGAUUAUGGAGAAAUUAAGAACUAUUGUAAGCAUAGGUGAUCCUAAGAAAAAAUAUACAAGAUAUGAAAAAAUUGGGCAAGGGGCUUCUGGCACGGUUUUCACUGCUACUGAUGUGGCACUGGGACAAGAGGUUGCUAUCAAACAGAUUAAUUUACAGAAACAGCCAAAGAAGGAAUUGAUCAUUAAUGAGAUUCUGGUGAUGAAAGAAUUAAAGAAUCCCAACAUAGUUAACUUCUUGGACAGUUACCUGGUAGGAGAUGAGUUGUUUGUGGUAAUGGAGUACCUUGCUGGGGGAUCACUUACGGAUGUUGUAACAGAGACCUGCAUGGAUGAAGCACAGAUUGCUGCUGUAUGCAGAGAAUGUUUACAGGCAUUGGAGUUUUUACAUGCUAACCAAGUGAUUCACAGAGACAUCAAAAGUGACAAUGUGCUUUUAGGCAUGGAAGGAUCGGUUAAACUUACUGACUUUGGUUUCUGUGCCCAGAUCACCCCUGAGCAGAGCAAGCGAAGUACUAUGGUUGGAACGCCAUACUGGAUGGCACCAGAGGUGGUUACACGGAAAGCUUAUGGCCCUAAAGUAGACAUAUGGUCUCUGGGUAUUAUGGCCAUUGAGAUGGUAGAAGGAGAGCCUCCAUAUCUCAAUGAAAAUCCUUUGAGGGCCUUGUACCUGAUAGCAACUAAUGGAACCCCAGAACUUCAGAAUCCAGAGAAACUUACCCCAAUAUUUCGAGAUUUCUUAAAUCGAUGUUUGGAGAUGGAUGUAGAGAAAAGGGGUUCAGCCAGAGAAUUGUUACAGCAUCCCUUUCUGAAAUUGGCCAAACCAUUAUCCAGCUUGACACCACUGAUCAUGGCAGCUAAAGAAGCAAUGAAGAGUAACCGUUAACAUCAUUGCCGUGGCCUUAUAUUCUUUUUUCCAUUUUCUAAGAAGUCUUUUAAUAUAUGAAAAUUAUUACUCUUUGGGGGUUUAAAGGAAUGGUCUGCAUAACAUGGAGAAAAAAAGCAAACUACUACUUCCUGAAGACAACCAAGAAAAAAAUUGCAAAACAGAAUGACAACUUUCUAUUGAAUCCCUUCUUUAGGGUCCAAAAGGAAUUGUGGACUGAAUCACUAGCCUUACAUCUUUCAGCAGAAAGCCCAUCAGGGCCAUUUAUCAUGCUUGAGAUUUGCGUUUUAUUUUGCUGACUUCAUUAUAAUAGAUCCCAUUCAUUGUCCUUUUUGGGGGUAUUUUCAAUACUUGAAUGGCGGAUUUGAGUUUUUCAGAGUAUUUGUUUUAUCUGCUACUCUUUUUUCUCUCUUCUUCAUAGCUUUUUUUUUUUUUCCUUGCCUUGCUCCUUUUGAGUUGCUUUGGGAAAUUUUUCUUUUGCCUAAAUUGGUGGCAAGCGUGAUAGAAAUUAUGUAGCUCCUUAUAUUGGCAAAGGAGCUCAGUACGGUUUAACUUUGUAUAGACGUUAAGACCAGCUAUUGUUACAUGUAAUAUUUCAGUUCAGAAUUUGAACUAAAGGAAGGGAAGAAAAGUAUGUGAUUUUUACCUUUUUUAACAAAUGUGAAAGAAUCAGUUUUAGAAAUUUCAUGAUAGUGAGUUGUUUGGCAUUUGUUACAUGUAUAGAGAGAGGACUAAUAAUCUAUAUUUAUAACUAAAUCAUUGAAACAGAAAAAGAAUCCUGUUGACUUUACAUUGUUACCCUUUUGUUUUGCCUUUCUGACUGUAUCCCCUUCAGACUUGGCUUCAGGACUUUGGUUUGUGCCGCUCCUUUCCCCUCCCCUGUUUUUUUCCCUUCAUUUUGGAAAUAAGUUUCUGUAUAUGUUGUAAUUUUAGCUAGUUUUUUGUUUUUUAAUUAACCCUCUCUCACCCUACUCGCUGCCUCCUUCCUAUGGUAAAUAAUAUAAUAACCAUUGAAUUUUCAGAAUUUAGAAGUUAUUUUUCCCAUACAAAGGAGAAAAAUAUUUGGAACUAGCAGAGAUAAAAUGAGAGACUUGAACCCUGGUGAGCUCUAAAAUAAUUAGAAAAGAUUAUAUUCUUGAAAGAGAAAUGUCACUUACUUAGAGAUGUAGCUUCUGACCAGUAAACCAUUAGGACUUGUUAUAAACAUUGUUCCCAACCUAUUACCAUACUUUACUCUCUGUGAGAAUUUAAGUGACAAGAGUCCUUCUUGAUAAAUUCAUGGGUCAUUUGAGAUGUCGAGUUACUUUAGUUUUUUUUCAAAUAAGUAAAUAAUAUUCAUGUAAAAAACUGGACAAAGGAAGAAAAAUUAAAUGUGCUUGUUGAUAGCAGUACUUUUUUAUUUUAAAGAUUUUAAAAAGGUCUGUGACCUGUAGCAUUAAUUACUAGAGUAUCUUCUCUUCUCCUCCCCCCCCCCCCUCCCCGCCCCCCGGCCUUGUCUCCUUUCCCUCCUCUUUCUCUCUCACUCUCUUUUUUAAUUGUUUGGCUUUUGCAGGCAGUAUUGCUCCUUCUGGCAUGUCAAGUGCCACAUAAAAGAAAAAUCUGUCGUUUGGUUCUGGCAUUUUGUUCCCACCAUUCACUUCUUAUUGACUUCACAUCUACUUGCCAUCCUGCAGUAGUAUAAGUCGUGAAUAAAAUAAUUUGAUGUUUUUGGAAUACAUUAGGAGAACUAAUGAGUUUUAUUUCCUAUCAUGCCCAUCAUAUCUGUGUUAAGAUAGAGGUAUAAGGAUAGAAAUGACUGUGUUUGGAGUCUUUUUUUAUUAGUAUUGAUAAUGCAGGAAGGUUUUUCACAAAAAUGAGUAAAAUAAUGAAACUUGUAUCUAGAGCACUUAAUGGUCUCUGUUUUCAAUUUGAUUUUUGAUUUUAUUUUUCUCAGAGUUAUAUUGGGUUUCUAUAGCUGUUACUAAAUUACUUUACAGAAACUGGCUGGUUUAUUUCUGGUGGAAAGCUACAGUGUCUUGAGUUGCAGAUUUGAACAUUCUUUGUAAAUAGCUGUCUGGAUGGAUUAUGAUACAGAAGAUGCUACCAAUGAAAUAGUAAAAUGAACUAGAUGAUAUAAGACUAUGAGCCUCAUGACCACUCUAGAAGGCACCUGUACACAUCAGUCAUAAAGACCAUAAUCAUUGAAUGCAGUGCCAAUGCCCCAGUUUUAUGCCUGUGACUCAACAAAGGUCUGAAAAGUUUAUAGAAGCAGUUUGGGAUUUGUAUUUACAACUUCCUUGAUGGUUACCUGCAUGUCCAUUGCUGGCAACGGACUUUGUCAUUAAAACCUGACCUCCUAGGUUAAGGGAGCUACACUGUGGUGUAUCCUUUACUUACUUGGAUAAACUAACUUGUAGUAGAAAUAUACUUUAAUUCUGAAAUGUGUAA